AUGCAGGCAUACGACCCCCAGGACAUGUUCUUUGCGAAAUCUCACGUCAAGUCCUGGACAAAAGAAGAGUCGGCGAAAGAAAAUGACAGGCUGGCAGGAGCGUACAUGGCACUGAGACAUGAACACAUCUCCGUCCUUGUCGGUCAAGACAGCAAGGAGAAGAACACGCGCCGCCAAGUAGUCGACUCGCGCCAAUCCCUCGCCAAUGGAGCGCAGAUGCUAUUGUGGAAUUCUGAAGCGGCGUUCGAAGCUUCGAAGGCGAUCGCAGGAAGGAUUUGUCAACCAUCGAUCUGGACUGACCCGCAGACACAGACACAGUACACCGGGAAAGCACCAGGAUCAUUCACACCACAAGAGGCACAGCAUAUCCUCAAUUUGCACAAGGACGACUGUAUCAAAGACUUGAAAGGCGCCACACUGGCGGCUACCGGCGCGAACCUCGAAGAACUCGGCAUCGACGAGACCAUCGUUACGCAGGCGUACGAUCUACCUGGUGAUAGAUCGUGGUUUGAGAAAAUCUGUGACAACUGGAAGGACGCUGCCAGAGAUGUACUGGUGGACAGCAGCAUGGAUCUCAGUAUUAUCGAGGAAACCCCGCCCCGGCGCCAAAUUCGCUUCCUGCCGGCGCGUACGAAAGGCCGUAUUACCCUGCCGACAUCGCUCUUAGCUUCUCGGUCUGCCGACGUAUGA